AUGAACCUCAGCAGCUGCAGUAUCACAGCCUAUGAAAGCUUUCCGCUUGUCCAGCUGUGUGUUUACAUCCCGGUUUUGCUUUUGGGCAUUUUGCUGAACGUGUUGGCGCUGUGGGUGUUCUGCUGCAAACUCGGCAAAUGGACAGAAACCAGAGUAUACAUGGUCAACUUGGCUGUGGCUGACUGCUUGCUGCUCUUUACUUUGCCUUUUAAAACUUUAUCUCACUUCCAUCAGCUGAAGGUAGGUAGAUGGUGCCUGGUUCUGGAAGGUGGCUAUUUCAUAAACCGCUUAAUGAGCAUCGGUAUCAUCAUUGUAGCAGCUGAUAGGUACCUUGCAAUCAAGUACCCUUUGAAAGCCAAGGUGCUGAGGUCACCACUGAAGGCAGCUUUUGCCUCUGGAUUUCUUUGGAUAGUCAUCAUCUGUGUGAUGUCCCUCAUUAAAAAGUUAGAGGACCGAGGACAAGAUGAAUUUUGCUUUGAAAAAUCUUCUGUUAAGCCCUCGGUGAUCACACUGUGUGCUAUUAUUGUAGGAUUUUUCAUACCAUUGAUCAUCUUGAGUUAUUGCUCCAUAAAAGUCAUUGCAGAACUCAUGAGAAAGAAGAAUGAAAACUGUCACAAGGAAAAGUCAAUCAGGAAGGCAGUCUACAUCGUGUCUGCAAACAUGGCUGUGUUCAUCGUAUGCUUUUUACCUCUUUACCUCGGGCACCUCCUUCGCUUUAUCAUGGACUCCAUCAGCUCCAACUGCUCUGCAAUACAGAGGGUUAAUAAUUUUGUUCACCUCGCCUCGGUUCUCGCAAACAUGAACUGCUGCCUGGAUGCUAUUUGUUACUAUUUUGUCAACAAGGAAUUUAAGGAAGCAUCUCCCAAGCUAGCGAAGUCCAAAUCUGAAGCCAAUGAAGAAGCUGAAAUUCAGCUCCCAUGCACAACACGUUAG